CUGAGGGCCCCGCCCUACGUGCGCGUCCCCGCUGCCAUGCGUGGCUUGAAGAAGAAGAACGACGCGCUUACGUGGGUGUGCCUGGUUAGCUUGUCAUUGUAUGACAAGCAACGCGUGGUUGGUCACAGUAAAUGCUGGUACAUGUUAAUGUGAAGUGGUAACCUGUCAAACCAAAAAUGGAGCCUGAAAACAACGGUGAGAUUUCUGAUGUGUCGGAGAAUCCACAACAGGAGGUGGUGGUGGCAGCAGUGGAAGAAUCUGCCGUGCCUGAGAACCCAGCAGCUGCUGUGGAGGAAAAGGAGCAGCUGGUAAUGAACGGCGCCGGUGACUCGGCCCGAAACAACGUCGAGCCUGUUGAAGAUGAGUCACCUCUUAAAGUCCCUAAAGCCGAGCCGACAGUGCCUUGUGCGGCGCCAGAAGAACCUGAUAGAUUGCCAGAAGAGAAGGAAAAGGAGCCUGCGCCCGAGCCGCUCCCAGAAGACCAAGAACAGGCCCCACCUCAGCGGCCGGAGGAGCCGAGGCCUCCCAGCCCGGAGAAGGUUCAGGAGGAAGUAGAGGCUCAAAAAGUGGCGGCGCAGACUCCAUCACAAAAUGAUGGCGAGGAAAUUGAAGCAUCGGGAGAUAAGCCAGCUGAAGUCACAGAACAGGAGAAGGACAAACAGGCUGAAGUUGCAGCAGCAGAGCCCGAGAAGAAAGGCGAACCAGAAAAAAGUGCAGAGUUGCCGGGAGCUGAGGCCGCUCCUGACCAAGAGGUGACUCUUCCCUCUGCCGACUCCUUGUCUUUCCCCCUCCUCAAAGAUGACAAGACCAAAGAGGCGUUGCGCAGCUCUCGCACGUUGGUCGUCAUCAGAGGCCUCCCGGGAAGCGGGAAGACCUUCUUGUCCCACGCCCUGGCCAACGCCUACAAAGACCACUGCUCUGUCUUCUGCGCCGACGACUAUGCGGCGAGUGCAGAAUCUGACGCGCGUGAAGCCCUGGACCAGGCGGUGGGAGCCUGCUGCGCCGACGCAGUUUCGGCGAUGGUGGUGGUAGAUGAUGCCAACCGUGCCCGGGAGCGGCUGGCCCACAUGAGCCUUUUGGCCCGGGAGCACGGGAUGGUCCCCAUCUUCCUGGAGCCUCGCACGGAAUGGAGCGCUGACGUGGCGCGACUCGCCAAGCUGACCGGUCGCAAGCCGGCUGCCGUCACCGCCAUGAAGCGUCAACUGGAUGAGGUGCGUCUGCCGCUCUUCUUUGGCUGGUUCCUGCUGGCCUCCGGUCGGGAUCGGCUCAGGUCCGCAGGGGCCGACUUCCUGACGGCGCUGGAUGCCUUCAAGAAGAACGCUGUUGGCUCGUCUCUGAGCGAAGGCCAAGAGGUGCCCCUGGAGCAGUAUUUCAAAAGUAAAGGAAGCCUCCACUGCACCACCAAAUUCUGUGACUACGGGAAGGCAGAGGGCGCCAAAGAGUAUGCAGAGAAACCAGUGGUUUCAGAGAUGUACAGCUCUGUGUUCGAUCUCUCCGUGAGCGCUCUUUUCGUCACGCCUCGCACUUUCGGCGCCAGGGUCAGCCUCACCCAGGAGCAGCUGGUCCUGUGGCCGGCCGAUGCCGAAAAAGAGGCAGAUCCCCCUGUCACCGGCGCCGGCUCCUUGCCAACGGGCAGCCGCGCUCACAUCACUCUGGGCUGCGCGAAAGGCGUGGAGGCGGUCCAAACGGGUCUGGACCUGCUGGAGAUCCUGGUUUUACCGCAGGUGGAACCAAUCACCGACUUGGAGCUCGGCUCACUGAAGUUUUACGGCGAAGGGAGGUGGAUGCUGGAGCUCAAGGAGCCGCUUUGUGUGGCGGCGUGCUUCUCCAGCUACUACAAGAGCGGGAGCUCUUCCCACGAGCAGGGCAAAAAGGAAUCCAAGAAGAAGAGGAACUGCGCCAUACUGUGAAUGAAGACAUACAAAUGUGGCGUGGCGAGGGACGGCUGAUCAAUUCCAAUGUUAGUUUAGUGCAUUAAGGGCUUGAAAUGUAGCGAGGCAGAAUCUCCAAUUUGUGUGCCUUCCCCCCCUUUAUUAUUUUUUUGCACUAUACAAAAUGCCUUCAAUCUAGUACAGAUUGUUAACACAAGCUGCGCACACAUCAGUGGCAGACUUCGGGACCUUUUUAGUGUAGCAUCAUAGCUGCAAGAGUGGAAUCAUGUACAUCCUUAGCAUGCGUGCCAAUCACAGUAGUACUUUGUGGUAGCGCCGUUCUGAGGUACUUUAGGAAGACCGACUAGCUAGUUGUUGAAACGAGUGAUUGUACAUACAUGAACAAAUAGGCCAAAGCUGUUAGUGACAUAUGCGUUACCGAUGCUUGACGUGUUUGCACUGUUUAGAAAGGGACUUUAGAGAAUUUGACACUUUCCCCCCACUAGAUGCUUGCACUUAAGAACGCUGUGAAUCCAAAUCUUGUCUCUUAACCACCUAAAAUGACUCGUUUACAUUUCAAUGUGUAACAUUGUUUUUGUUUUGGAAGUCAAAGUUUGUGUAGCGCUCGAGUCUUUAUUUUUGCACCUGUUUUGUACACUUAAUGAAGAAUAAAAGCCAAGAUCGUGUGUUGCUUCAGCAAAGCUGUUCCC